CGGAAGGAAAAGAAGGAAGGGCCGGCCGUUCCGAGCUAAGUGGACGCCCCAGGUGUGGGGGGUGGGGGGGGGGGCGGAAUCCGGGCGCAGCCAUGGACUGUUACACUGCAGACUGGAACCCCCUCGGGGAGGCGGCCUUCUAUCGGAAGUUCGAGCUGUACAGCAUGGACUGGGACCUGAAGGAACCACUCAGAGACUGCUUGGUGGCUGCAGCUCCGUACGGGGGCCCCAUCGGUAGGCCUCCCCCAGUACAGAGGCCUCUCUUUGCUCCCGUGGCUCUUCUGGAAAACCCUUGGAAGAGGAGAAGUCACCCCAGUGUUCGACCAUUGCUUCAGAUCUUAUUCGUCCUCUGAGUGGCUCUGGCCAGCUUGUUGUGGAAGAGCGGGCCCUGUGGUGAUAUGGGCUGGUCAGCGGAGGAGGAGCUACUGUGCGUGCAGGAAGAUGGCUCUGUGCUGGUCUACGGGCUGCAUGGUGACUUCCGGAGACACUUUAGCAUGGGCAAUGAGGUGCAUCCGAACCGGGUUCUGGAUGCCCGUGUAUUCCACCAGCGUUUGGGUCAAGGGAUUGCCAUCCUCACUGGUGCCAUCGUUUUACACUCAGUGCAAUGUGGGUGACUCAAGCUUCGUAGGAUGCCAGAGGUGCCCGGGCUACAGGCUCUGCCCUCCUGCUGGACAGUUUUGUUCCAAGUACCGAGUGACACUUGUACUUUUAGCCAAGGUCCUGACCUCUACCUGUUAGACAAUACGGCCCUGCUCGGGGGUGGUACCCCCUGGCUUGGCUCAGGAGUGGGUGGCUUCCUCCAGAUGGCUGUGUCCUUCAAUUAUCGGUUCCUUGCGUUGUUCACUGACACAGGCCACAUAUGGAUGGGCCUGUCUUCACUCAAAGGAGAAGCUGUCGAGUUCAACUGCAAUCGAGCGCCGCCAAGCAGAUGGGCCUGGUAAGGAUCGUCCCCAAAGGGCAAGCAGAAGGCUGUCGUGGUGGCCUGGGAGCGCCGGCUCCUGGUGGCCGGGAAUCUUCCUUGAACACUGUAGGUUCGUUCUAGAGAGGAUUCAUACCUAGUGCCGGAACUGGACGGAGUCCGGAUCUUCUCCCGAAAUGUCCAUGAGUUUUUGCACGAAGUUCCGGUGGCCAGUGAAGAGAUCUUCAGGAUUGCUUCUAUGGCCCCAGGAGCCCUUCUGCUAGAAGCCCAGAAGGAAUAUGAGAAAGAAAGCCAGAAGGCCGACGAGUACCUCCGGGAGAUCCAGGAGCGGGAACAGCUGCCCCAGGCGGUCCGGCAGUGCAUUGAAGCUGCAGGCCAUGAGCACCAGCCUGAGAUGCAGAAGAGCCUGCUCAGGGCAGCCUCCUUUGGAAAGUGUUUUAUUGACAAGUUUCCACCAGACACUUUCGUGCGCAUGUGUCAGGACUUGAGGGUGCUCAAUGCCGUGCGAGACUAUCCCAUUGGAAUCCCUCUCACCUACACCCAAUACAAACAGCUCACUAUGGAAGUUUUGCUGGACAGGCUGGUGUUGCGGCGACUCUAUCCUCUGGCCAUCCAGAUCUGCGAGUACCUUCGACUUCCUGAAGUCCAGGGUGUCAGUCGAAUCCUGGCCCACUGGGCCUGUUACAAGGUGCAGCAGAAGGAUGUGUCAGAUGAAGAUGUUGCUCGUGCCAUCAACCCGAAGCUUGGGGAUACGCCGGGGGUCUACUCAGAUAUCGCUGCCCGUGCCUAUGGCUGUGGGACUGAGCUGGCCCUCAGCUACAGGAGUAUGAAACCACGGUCUGGGGAGCAGGUGCCACUUCUGCUGAAGAUGAAGAGGAGCAAAUUGGCCCUGAGUAAAGCAAUUGAGAGCGGGGACACAGACCUGGUGUUUACAGUUGUCAUUGCUCUAAAGAAUGAGCUGAAUCGUGGAGAUUUCUUCAUGACCCUCAGGACCAGUGUGGCCCUGAGUCUGUAUAGACAGUUCUGUAAGCACCAGGAGCUGGAGACACUGAAGGAACUUUACAACCAAGAUGACAAUCACCAAGAGCUUGGCAACUUCCACAUCCGGGCCAGCUAUGCAGCUGAGGAGCGGAUCGAGGGCAGAGUCGCAGCGCUUCAGACUGCCGCCGACGAGUACUACAAGGCCAAGAAUGAGUUUGCUGCUAAGGCCACAGAGGAGCAGAUGCGGCUCCUGAGACUCCAGCGGCGCCUGGAGGAUGAGCUGGGCGGGCACUUCCUGGAUCUGUCCUUGCACGACACAGUGACUUCCCUUCUCCUCAGUGGCAACAACAAGCGUGCAGAGCAGCUGGCCCGGGACUUCCGCAUCCCUGACAAAAGGUUCUGGUGGCUAAAACUGACUGCGCUGGCCGAUCGGGAGGACUGGGAAGAACUAGAAAAGUUUUCCAAGAGCAAGAAAUCACCCAUUGGGUAUCUGCCCUUUGUUGAAGUGUGCAUGAAGCGACGGAACAAAUUCGAGGCCAAGAAGUUUGCUGCCCGAGUCAGCCCUGAACAGAAAGUCAAGGCCUUCCUUCUUAUCGGGGAUGUGGCACAGGCUGCAGAUGUGGCCAUUGAGCAUCGCAACGAGGCAGAGCUGAGCCUCGUCCUGUCCCAUUGCACAGGGGCCUCAGAUGGAGCCACAGCUGACAAAAUUCAGCGUGCCAGGGCCCUGGCCCAGAGGAAAUGAGGAGCCCUCCCUCACAGCCCUCCUCCACAUCAAAAACUGCUCUCAGAAAUGGUGGGGGGAGGGGGAGCAGGGCACUGGGACAUGGGGAUGUGGUUGGAGCAUGUAAACUGAAACUGUAAAUAAAGUCUAAAUACUUCA